UCUCGCAUCAAACAAAUUAACUGUUCAGCGCAGCCGAAACUCGAAUUCUCUAGGAAAUCCAAUCAAUUCUCUGAUUCUCUCUUUUGGUAGAAAAAAGAUGGCAGGAAGAGGUAAAUCUUUGGGUUCUGCGACGGCCAAAAAAAGUGCGUCGAGGAGCAGUAAGGCCGGUCUGCAAUUUCCUGUCGGUCGCAUUGCUCGGUUCCUGAAACAUGGCAAAUACGCUGAGCGUGUUGGUGCUGGAGCACCUGUGUAUCUUGCCGCUGUGCUCGAGUAUCUCGCAGCUGAGGUAUUGGAGUUGGCUGGGAAUGCAGCAAGGGAUAACAAGAAGAAUAGAAUUGUGCCAAGGCACAUUCAAUUAGCGAUUAGGAAUGAUGAGGAGCUGAGCAAGCUGCUUGGUUCUGUAACUAUUGCUAAUGGCGGUGUGUUGCCUAAUAUUCACAACAUGUUGCUACCUAAGAGAACUGGUAGUGGACCUAAAGGUCCUGGUGAUGAUGACAACUAAAGAUCUUUAUUAUAUGCCUUUUCUAUUCUGAUGAAAACAGAGUCUUAUAGUGUAGCAAUUGUAGGUUCUGAAUUAGCUUUUACAUUUCCAUAUUCAGAUUAGCUUUUAGGAUUCUUUUUUCUUUUUUCUUUUUUCUUUUUUUUUUUU